AUGAAGGGCGGUGGCUGGCAGAAUGCUGUCAUCGGGCCUGUGCUGCAGUGUCUGGAGGCUGCCACACUUGGGAUGCCGUUUGAGGUAUGGAAGACGCACAUGGGGAGGAAUCGGGGCCAGACAACACUGGGCUCUCUGCGUGCCAUCUAUACGGAAGGAGGUGAAGGCUUCAAAGGCAUUUCAGCAUUCUGGGCAGGCACAGGCCCCAAGAUGUUUGAGAGCGCGACAAAGGGAGCUAUCCUGAUGUACUCAAAGGAGGCCAUCCUGAAGGUCCUGCAUACCACAGACAUCAGUCCUGGACUGGGAGGUGCACUUGCUGGCGCUGGUGGCGGGCUGUGCCAGGUGUCAAUCAUGUCUCCCUGCACGUACCUGGUGACAGGCGCAGUCACAGGCAACAAGGACGAGUCUACCAUGCAUCGCAUCAAAAGGACCUACGCUGCCAGGGGUAUCAAGGGCUUCUAUCCUGGGGGCACAGCCAUCGCGUUCCGCCAGGUGACGAACUGGGCAUCCCGGCAAGGUUUCACAGAGGCUGUGCGCAACCAGUUUAAGAAGAGCAUCCACGGGUCGGCAGACGCCAAGCUCACCAAGGGCCAGGAAGUGGGUGCAGGCAUCCUCGGAGGGGCGCUGGCGUGCUGGAACCAUCCGUUUGAGGUGGCGCGCAUUGAGGCUCAGGCGCGCGGCGACCAGGGCCAGAAGGACAUGAACAUGGUCCAGAUCUUCAAAAUGAUCGUCAAAGAGCAGGGGCCAAAGGGCUUGUUCAAGGGCCUCGUACCGCGCAUCAUGCUGGGCAUCUGGCAGACACUGUUCAUGGUCACAGGCGCAAAGCUGGUGCAGGAGGCACUUGCCGAUUACACCGCUAAGCCCGCAUCAUAG